AAAAUGACUUCUCCACAAAUCGACCUCGAAUUGGCUCCUUUCUGGUCAUCCCCUCCCUCCUCUCCCAACCAAGCUCCCUCCACUGGUCCUGACCCAAUCCCUGACCCUGACAACGUCCUUGACUACUCUAUCAACAACCCAUUCAAAUAUUCAGUGAGCCAAGCUGAUGAAACAGAAACAGAGUAUUCAAUUCCUGAAGAAAAUAAAAGACAGAUAGUACAGAAGAUUAAAAGUACAAGAGUAGCAAACUUAAUAUCUAAGCUUCCUCAAAACCCUGUAAGAUCGAAAAAUAGAGAGGAAAAGAAAAGAGACACUCAGAAUUGUUCAGUGAGAUAUUUGGACCCUGAACCCUAUGGUUUAACAAAUCAGGCCAGAUCUACACGUUAUGCUGAUACUUUAAACUCAAAUUCUAAAUUCUUUCAAACUAGCCUCAGUAAUAAGGAAAAUAGGAACCUAUCCCAAUCUUCUAGCACCCAAAGUUUGAAAAUGAAAUGUGACAACAAUGCUAACUUUAGCUUUGAAUUUCAUACUCAAGGAAACGAAGAUGAGGUUUACAAUCUAAAUGUAACCAGAACUAAAUAAAGAAGGGAACAAAGUUACCCUAAACAUUAAAAUGCAAGAAGAAAGCACCAAUGCUCUCCUUAUAAACAAAACAUACAACCCCUCUUAUUUCUCUCCUCAAACAACCAAACAUUCAUUCAAAGCUCCAUCCCAAAAUCUCUCAAAAUUCCUGCCCCAAAGACCCUCAACUUCCCUCAACCACCCUCACUCAAGAAACUCCCAACCCUCAUUUCUCCUCAAAUCCAGCACCUCCAACAUCUCCACCAGACCCUUCCACAGAAAAUACACUCAAAAAUCCUUACUCAAGCAGUUACAGAACCAGCACAAGAGAAAACAAGCAGGCCAGUAUUUGUCUAGGGUUUUUAGAUAAUAAGAUUGGUUCUUUCAAUGAUAUUAAGAGGAUUGGGUAGCAGGGGUUGCACAAAGAGGAAUUGAGAAGAGAGAUUUGGGUAGUUGAAGGGGUUUGGGAGAAGGAAGGUUUGGUGUUUUUGGAAGUAAGAAGUGAUUAAAAUUGGAGGGAAGAAGAAGUAAAAGAGAGAUUAUGGUUUUUAGAGGUUUAAAGUUAAAAACUAUAAUUUAAUCUCAAUUCUCAAGCUUUAAGAAAACUCUCAAAACCUUCGCGCUUU